GAACAGAAGAGUGCGGCAUUCCCGGGCCGAACAUCGGGUACAUGCCGCAGGACCUGUCGCUCAUAUCGCAGUUCACAGUGCGCGAGACGCUGGAGUACUACGCCGGCUUUGCGCAGACACCCGACGCCAAUGGGCACUACAACAAGGGCUGCAAUGAGAAGAACCUCAACCAGCGGAUCGAGUUUCUGCUCACCCUCCUGGACAUUAGCCAGUUUGAGCACGUCUUCACCGACCGCCUUUCGGGAGGGCAGAAGCGACGCGCCAGUCUGGCCGUCGCCAUGAUCAACGACCCGCCGCUGCUCAUUCUUGAUGAGCCCACAGUCGGCGUCGAUCCGAUCGUCCGAGAUGCCAUCUGGUCAUACCUGCUCGAACAGAGCAAAAAUGGACUUACCAUUAUCGUGACGACACACUACAUCGAAGAGGCGGCUUCUGCCCANGAAAGCUUUUAG